UUUUUAGUUUUUACUCUUUCCUAUAAAUCAGCUGGGAAAUAAGCACUUCUAAAACCUUCUCCGCUCUAAACCCCAUAGACCGUAAGAUGGCCGAAGUUUCGUCCGCUUUGGAAUCAGGAACAUCAAAUACUUCCUCAGAUGAUAUGAUCAUCAAGAGUAUUCAAGAAAUCAUCGACGCCCAGGUGGGUUUGGUCCCUAGAGACAAAAAAGAUAAACUAGAACUUCAUGAAGUCAAUUUAUCGAGUUCAUUCGAUCAAAUUGACGAUUUACACAUAGAACAAGGGCUAGAAUUAGUUCAAAACGGCGGCAUCCCGGUCACAAAACUCAACCAUUCAUUACAUAUUGGAGUGAUUAAUGAGGGCAAAGAGGAACAAAUUGUGGGUUUGAGGGGUAAUUCGAAUAGGAACGAUGUGAAAGAAGGCAAGAAGGAGAAACGGCCUCGAAAAAGGGGAAAAGGUUUGAAACAGAAUCCGAUUCCUGAUUUCGAAAGGCAAAGUGUGUGUGAUUGCGACAAGAGGGGUGAUAGGGCAAGAGUGGUGUACAUUAACGAAGAAAUGGAGGCUUUGAGGUAUGUAGGGAUUGAUGAACAAAAGAAGAAGUGGAUUGAGGCUUACUGUGGGCUUGGACCUGAUGCAUCCAAGGAGUACGAUGCUUUAAUUGGUUCUGCGCAUGCCAAUCAGGAUGAAAAUUAUGUGAAUUUUGAUCCUCGACCUCAAUUCGCCAACAAAAAAGAAUCUAUUUCGACUGAAGUGGAGCAUGGUGUAAAAGGUAGUGAUUUAGAUGGAGAGGAAGAUUACUAUGAUGAGGAAGACAGCGAUUCAGAUCAUGUUAGCAUCCAAAGACCUGCAUUUAUGGUCACUGGAGAACCUGAUUUUGAUUCAGGUCCUCCACAAGAUGGGCUAGAAUAUCUUAGGCGAGUAAGAUGGGAGGCUGAGCAUAUCCCAAAAGUGAAGGUUGUUAAGGUUGAAAGAAGUGUUUUGAUCAAAGAACAAACUGUUUAUAUGCCCAACAUCCCUGAUAUUGCAGCAUGUCCUGAGCAUUUAAUGCCAUCAAAAGAAUGGGAAGAUGCUUUCCUUGCUGACUUUUCAAAGCUAAGGCUUGCAUUAUCUCAGGAUGAAACUUCUGCAUCUGUAUUUUCUGAAGAAAUGGAAUCAAUCCCUGUUUCCCAAAGUGUUCUUGACAGUGUAAUUCAAGAAAAUCUUGAUAUCUGUCAUACAGAUGAUGUCAUUCAAGAAAAUCUUGAUUCCUGUCAAACGGAGGACAAAACCGUCAUUUGUGACUGGCCUAGGUUGCAGAACAUUGUAGAGAUGGAACCUGUGGCUCGUGUGAUAAUGUUAAGGAAACGGAUAACAUCAAUGGAGUCAAUGAGUUCACUGUGUAGAAAUGAUUGUGCAUGGCUGUUUGCUCUUUGUGCAGCCAUUGAUACUCCUUUAGAUGCUGACACAAGUGCUUCACUUCGUUGCUUGUUAAGAAAAUGUGCAGCUUUGAGAGCUGAAAAAUUGGAUCUUGAUGAUGAAGUUAUUAUGCUUAAUAUCUUGGCAACUAUUUCGGGAAAGUAUUUUGGGCAAUUAGAAAGUAAUUAAGUUGAAAGACAUGAUAUGAUGGUGACACAGUUUUGAGUUUUGAUUAUGAAGAUAACACAAUAGAGUUCUGAUAUGAGAUGGGAUUUUGAGAAAUAUGAUCUUUUGAAACUUGUAUUUGUUUCAAGAUUGAUGCUUUUUCAGUAAUUUGAUUAUGAAGCUCAACAAUAGAGUUGGGAACUGAGAUGGGAUUUUGAAAAA